ACGUUUUUUUAAAUACUUUUUUCAAUUUUAGCCGAGGAAACACAUUCGGCAAGCUUUUUGCUAAAAUACCCCGACAUUCUCAGCACAUGAUGGCUGUCAACAAGGCCACCAUCAAGCUCGACGAUCAGCCAAACUGGACCGAGAGCUAUGACAGCAGCAACAGCAGCAGAAGCUGGCAAGCGCAGCUUGGUGUCAUUCUUGAAACCAAGCUGGAAAAUACCGCCAAGGCAAAUGAUGUUACUUCAGUGAACAUCAUUGAACAUGAGGACAAUGGUGGUGAUGAUGACGGUAAAGAUGGCCCUGCUUCUGAACUCGAUGAGGCAGAUGCUGCUGGUGCUGUUGCGUCGGAUGACGCUGUAGCUGACCAGCUGGCUGCGCUCAUGGUUGCAGACAAUCCAGCGACAGUCGCGACGAGCGGGGCGCCCAAAGACAGCGACGAUGACGACGACAUAGUCGAUGCCGCGUCAAACCAGCAGCUCGACGUCUUGGACAUGCUUACAGCCGUCCCGCUACCUGGAGACAACCUAACCUCGGCCAUCCCCGUCUGUGCGCCGUACAGCGCGCUGUCCGCAUACAAGUACCGCGUGAAGCUUGUGCCCGGCACGAUGAAAAGGGCAAGGCAUGCAAGAUGGCUCUGA